UUUUUUUUUACAGGAAAUUCCCUUUUUUCUUCUUUUUUUUUUUAUUCAUUCAUUUAUAUUAUGAGGCGGUCUAAAACAGGACUCGACGCUAAAAAGACAAACUAUCGACGGUCAUGGUUCAAUAACAAUCCCUUGUUUAAUAUGUUUACUUCUGCUCCCCCUUCACCAGAACGUCGAUCGUCCACUGAGUCCAUACAGUACCGAUCGAACUCACUUGUAGACACACCUACUCGACCCACACCUCUCAAGACAAACAAAUCGACUUUUUCAAGCAUUUUAUCAAAAGCAUCUAGUAAAAGAAAAAAACGCCAUGCUCGUAAAGAGUCUACCAAUACCACAUUGACACAGCCUGAUUCUCAUUCGUCCAUUUAUGACGAAUCUUCUUGUUCUUCUAACCGAAGAAGCAGUAAUAAGAGUGAUGCCACCAUGGUAUCUGACAUGGAUUCCUAUCUUCCUCAUCAUAGAAAUCAACUUAAAAUACCACCCUCAUCGGAGCAUCAAUUACUUCGAUCCGAUGAAGAAGAAGCAGACCGUAUAGAGUUAAAAAAUGACCUUGUCAAACUUGCUUUUGAAGGGGAAUUUUCUUUACCAUUUGAUUAUAGUGAUCUAAAGAGUGGAAGGAUUCUUGAUGUGGGUUGUGGACCAGGUUCUUGGUGCAUUGAUCUCUCUACGAAAUAUCCUCAGCUUCAAGUGAUUGGUGUCGAUAGUGACGACAUGUUUCCUUCUCAACUCAGUCUUCCAAGCAAUUGUCAAUUACUUGUCUGUAAUGUAUUGCAUGGACUAAGAGAGUUCCCUGACGCUAGUUUUGAUAUUAUUCAUAUCCGGUUUAUGGUGCUUGCGUUUACAACAAGACAAUAUUAUCAAGUAGUCAAAGACUGCUGGCGAUUGUUGAAACCAGGAGGUUACCUAGAAAUUCUAGAGACAGAUUUAACUGUCUAUUCAGCAGGCCCUGUUACUAAGAAACUCAACCAAGAGCGUAAUGUAUGCCACACAUUGACUAUGUACUCAUUUUAUAUAUAUAUAUCUAGUGCUAGAUGUAGCCAUAAGUCGAGGUAUUAACCCAGGAGAGCUUAUUAAUGACCUGAAACAUCUUGUCCCCGCAAAAACGACAUCAUCGUCAGAAGACGAAAUCAAUCAACAAAUCAAAUACAGAUCAAUACCCAUUGGUAUCUGGGGUGGGCGUAUUGGUGUACUCUGUAGAGAUGAUAUUGUCAACAUCUUUACUAAAUUCCAACCUGCUAUCAAAAACUAUUAUGGCAGACCAAGCCAUGAAGAUACAUUUGAACAAGAUAUUCAAGCAGCCACAAGAGAAGUAGAACACUACAAAAGCUUUUCCAAUUAUUAUUUCUAUACUGUACAAAAGCCCAUCUCAGAACAACCACAGUCUAAAAAACAAUACUCUCCUAUUACCUUUAAUCCUAAAUCUAUUUAAUACUAAUUUAAUAAUAUUAUCAUUUUUAUGCGAUUCUGUUUAUGUGUUAUUUUGAUUGGAUAAUCAAGUUACACAUUCACAC